CUCCGAAGUAACACCUUCUGGCAUACAGACAGGAGCCCCUUCGCCCCGUACCUCACCACACUCCUUUGAUCCCACCUCACUCUCCUUGAGUACCACACCAGCAUGGCUUCGUCGCAGAACCCUACGGCAGGUCUCGCCGAGAAGGCAGCAACCAAGCUCGCCGCUCGAAAGCGCUUCGAGGCAGUCUUUCCCCUCCUGGUAGAGGAGCUCAUCGAGUAUCUAGCAUCAGAGGGCAUGCCCAGAGAGGCACAGGAGUGGUACCGCAGAAAUCUAGACUACAACACACCCGGUGGAAAGCUCAACAGAGGUCUUAGCGUGGUGGAUACCGUGGACAUUCUGCUCUGUACCGAGCCUGGAAGCGGCGGUAAGAGGACUAGGGAGCUGACAGAGCCAGAGUACCUCAAGGCUGCCAUCCUGGGCUGGUGUAUCGAGCUGCUGCAAGCAUACUUCCUCGUGGCUGACGACAUGAUGGACAGGUCCAUCACCCGUAGAGGUCAGCCUUGCUGGUACAAGGUCGAAGGUGUUGCUGAAAUCGCCAUCAACGAUGCAUUCAUGCUGGAAGCCGCUAUCUACUAUCUCCUCAAGAAGCACUUCAGGUCCGAGCCCUACUACGGACUGCUGCUAGAGCUCUUCCACGACGUCACCUUCCAGACUGAACUGGGCCAGCUGAUUGAUCUAAUCACUGCCGAUGAGAACCACGUCGACUUGAGCAAGUUCAGCCUAGAAAAGCAUCAUCUGAUUGUUCUGUACAAGACCGCUUUCUACUCCUUCUACCUUCCCGUCGCUCUUGCCAUGAGGAUGGUGGGCAUCACCGAUGAAUCUCUCUAUAAGCAAGCCUCGGCCAUCCUGCUCCCACUCGGCGAGUACUUCCAGGUGCAGGACGACUACCUGGACGCCUUCGGCAAGCCAGAGGUCAUUGGCAAGAUCGGUACAGACAUUCAAGACAACAAGUGCUCCUGGCCUGUCAACGUCGUCUUGCUUCACGCCAAUGCUGAGCAGAGGAAGGCGCUGGAUCAGCACUACGGAAGGAAGAACGCCGAGAGUGAGCAGAUUGUUAAGGACAUCUACGUCGCACCGAAUGUUAACAUCCCUGGCAAAUUCGAGGCCUAUGAGAAGGAGAGCUACCAGAUGUUGACUGGUCUCAUUGACCAGGUUGACGAGUCGAAGGGCUUGAAGAAGGAGGUCUUUACCAGCUUCUUGAACAAGGUCUACAAGAGGACUGUGUAGAUGCAGAAUGGGCAGGAUGGCAGACGGUAGGUCUAUACGGGCCUCUGCGGAGAUGUGCUCAGCGAUGAGGGUGUUCCUCCCAUACAUAGAAGGUGUCCUUUCCAUUGUGAAUACUUA